GAUUCUGUUUUCUAACAUGGGCCGGGCUUAAACACUGCUGAGAGAGUUCUGAGAGAGAGAGAGAGAGGAGCCAUCGAUCUUCGUCACUGGCCACGCGCCGAUCUUAUGCAGUGCGAAGCGAAGAUCGAACACUCCGUACAGGUCGAGACGACUCAUCCUGUAAUCCAGGAGUUGGUCUUAAAAGCACAACCCCAAAAGCUAGGGUUUGGCUGCAUCAUUUCGGUUCAGUGAGCAAUCUCGGAGGCCGUCUAUUACAAGAAUUCACUGCAUCUUUUGAGGUUUGGGUUGUUUUGAGGAUUGAAGCGUGGCUGUUUGGAUACAGGGAUGUCAGGGAACAACAGUAACGCGCCAAAGAAUAUUGGGGUCUCGUCAUCCUUUGGUAAUGUGGGGAAUUCUUCAAAUCUGCCAGCAAAUCCAACUGCUCAUCUUCAAUCACAGUCCCAACCUCAACAACAAAUGGGUUCUGGUUUUCCUAGUCAAUUUCAGCUGUCUCAGCUCUCUGUAGCUCAAGCCCAGGCGCUUGCCCAUGCACAUUCAAAGGUUCAAGCUCAAGCGGCACAUGCCCAAUUCCAAGCACAAUUACACGCUCAGGGGAUGGCCGUUAAUCAGUCCCACACUGCUGGGAUUGGGAAUCUGGCUUCUUCUUCACCGUUGGUUAAUACACCAGGUAAUGCAAGUCUAAGACGUGCACCUCAGAAGCCACCAAUGCGGCCCCCUGGCUUGUCACCUGCUAACACAAUCUCUCCCUUGAGAAAUAUGGAGCUUGCUGCUGCUGCUCGUAGAAAGAAGCUGAAGCUCCCUGAGAAGCAUUUACAGGAGAGAGUAGCUGCAAUUUUACCUGAAUCUGCUCUUUAUACUCAGCUUCUCGAGUUUGAGUCUCGUGUGGAUGCUGCUUUGACAAGAAAGAAAAUUGACAUCCAGGAGGCCAUUAAAAAUCCUCCCUCUAUUCAGAAAACGCUUCGGAUCUAUGUGUUCAACACUUUUGCCAAUCAGACUCAAACAAUUCCUAAGAAGCCAAAUGCUGAGCCCCCUUCUUGGACCCUUAAGAUAGUUGGAAGGAUCUUGGAAGAAGGAAUGGAUCCUGAUCAUGCUGCGAUGAUGCAGAGAUCGAGUUCCUUGUACCCAAAGUUCUCAGCAUUCUUCAAAAGAGUCACCAUUUCCUUAGAUCAGAGACUAUACCCGGAAAACCAUAUUAUUAUGUGGGACAGUGCCCGAUCACCAGCACCUCAAGAGGGCUUUGAAGUAAAGAGGAAAGGGGAUAAAGAAUUUGUGGCCAACAUACGGUUAGAAAUGAAUUAUAUGCCUGAGAAGUUUAAGCUUUCACCAGCAUUAAUGGAAGUUCUUGGUAUUGAGGUUGAUACUCGUCCUAGAAUUAUAGCUGCUAUUUGGCACUAUGUAAAGGCUAGAAAAUUGCAGAAUCCAAACGACCCUUCUUAUUUUAUUUGUGACCCCCCACUCCAGAAAGUAUUUGGUGAGGACAAGAUGAAAUUCACUAUGGUUUCACAGAAGAUAUCACAUCAUUUGUCUCCUCCACAGCCUAUACAUUUGGAGCAUAGGAUCAAGCUUUCAGGGAAUAGUCCAGCUGGGAAUGCUUGCUACGAUGUAUUGGUGGAUGUUCCCUUCCCAAUCCAAAAGGAAUUGAAUGCUUUAUUAGCCAACACGGAGAAAACAAAAGAGAUUGAAUCAUGUGACGAAGCAAUUUGUACUGCUAUAAGAAAGAUCCACGAGCACCGCAAGAGACGAGCCUUCUUUCUUGGUUUUAGCCAAUCGCCAGUGGAAUUCAUUAAUGCUCUGGUCGAAUCUCAAAGCAGGGAUCUGAAGCUUGUAGCAGGGGAAGCAAGUCGUAGUGCUGAAAAGGAGCGGCGGUCAGAUUUCUUUAAUCAACCAUGGGUUGAGGAUGCUGUCAUUCGUUAUCUAAAUCGCAAGCCAGUUGCUGAUGGUCCUGGAAGCACAUGAAUUUGAGAUCAUGGAGCUGCUCUGAACUCUUUCUUCAAUUUUUGGGGGAGGUCCUCUGUGGAAGCGCUAUCCGUAUAUAUCUUUGACCUUUUCAAUAGUUAUACAUAAGAGGAAAGGUGCAUGUUUACAAGGAAAUGUUCUUUAGAGCAUUUGGGCAUUUCAUUUCUAUUUCUCAGGCCGUGGAGUACUGUGAUUAUGCAAAUGCCAACAAAGUGUCGUAGUUUGCCAUUGCAAUACACUCGUUAUGUUAGUGAUAGAUUAUGUGCUUAGCUGCCUUUAUUAGUUUGUCAUGACUGCUAUGUCCAUGCCAGGAUGAAUGUAUGAAAAGAGGGGGAAGAAAGGGUUGUUCCUUUUAAUUUUAAUUUGGGGGGCGGGGAGGGGAAGGAAAUGAAAACCUCCUGUUUAACUGUUUAUCCUGUUUGAAUCUAACUGAUAUGAUUUGGAAUAUUAUGAUAUGAAGGAAGUUUACUGUA